UUAUUUAUUCAAAAAAGAAUAGAGUGAUACAUUUUUUAUUUAAAAACAAUUUAAUUAGGUUCUUGUGCACCAUUAUUCUUCUAAAAGCUUCCCUGUUUCAGUUCCUGCUUAUUUUGUUUAAUUAAAAUCAGUGUGCAAAAACAUCACAACAUGGGAAAAGACGCCCAAAUAGAAUUAACCCUAAACAAAGAUAACAAGGAUGGUGAAGUUGUAGAAUAUUCCUUGUUACCUCCUAUACCAAAAUCACCAAUUAAUAGCAGACCAAACAGCAUGGUGAUUAAGAAAGCAAAUACUGUAAUUCCAGCACAUUUGGUGGCAGAAGCAAUAUCAACACUCCAUGGGCUUGAUUUAAGAUGGUCAGGUCCAAUUACACCAAGUGAAAUGCAAUAUGUUCAACAAUAUGUUUUAGCUAAGUACCCCGAAUAUUGCAAUGGACUUGUGGAAGAAGGGGAUAAAAUUGAUCUUUAUGCACUUUGUAUGAACGAAAAGGGAAAAUCCCCGAGGAGAGAGUCUUCAUCGCCUUCUUUUGGUACUAGUAAUUCAGAGUUGGGAAAAAUCCAAUUGGAGCCAUCAAGAUUGCUUGAUAUCCUAACAAAGAAAACUUCGUACCAAGGGAAUUUCAUUUCAAUCCCAGAAAUACAAGUUCGUAAUCGAGCAUUGCAACAAUGUGGACUAAGUGAAGAGGAGUAUUUAGUUGUUUUUGCACUUACAUUGAAAGAAGCCAUGAUGAUGAUUGGAGAGUGUUACCCUUUCUUCAGGGGAAAUUACUAUAUGACAAUUCUUGGUGUAGAGUAUGACUGUAUACGCGAAUUUGUUACUUUUAAAGAUUCAAAAGUGAUUGCAGCACCAGAAACAUGGCUUGAUUUAAGGAUCAAAGGAUCACAACUAAGUCAAUAUUUUCGGAGAAGAUCAAAGCAUAGUCCAAAAGGGCUAUUUGCUUAUCCUGCUUAUGUAGAAGAAACGCGCUAUUCAAUGCAUUGGAUCUCAGAAGCUCAUAGAAAUUCAUGGCAUGUUCUGUUAGAUGCUUCUGGUUUGGAUGCAGGAAAAGAAAGAUUGGCUUUAGCAUUAUAUCGACCCGAUUUCGUGUUGUGUACAGUUGAUAAUACACAUGCUCAGCCCUCUAAAAUCACUUGCCUUCUUGUAAGGAAAAUGUCCUUCGAAACUGCAGCUUCUUCAGCAUGUUAAUUUACUCAAGGUUGACAAGUGAGACUUGCUCAAGUGGUUAAGCGACUCUGUUAUCAUCUGGUAGGUAAAGGGUUCGAGUAACUAUACAUGAUAAGUGGAAACACUAUUGAUCGUAUGACGGGGUGAUGUAGUUGGUGGGAAAAACAUAAAUAUUUUCUCAAGGUUAGGGAAGCAAGUUAUAAAACUUUGUGUAUGUAUAAUUCUCUGUUUACUUCUGUUGGAAAGAGAGACCAUUUCUACUAGUUUUCCUUUGCUUUGAAUAUGGUUAUACAUCAUUGAGCUGUUACAUUUU